AUGAAGAUCAAAGAGUUAAAACGGACGGUGAACAUGAGCUGGUCGCCAGCGGAGCUCUAUCCCUCUAUGUUGGUUACCGGCUCGGCGGCACAGCAAGUUGACGCUUCCUUCAGCUCUAACGCUAGCUUAGAGUUGUAUUCACUUAACCUCGGCGACCCUACAUACGAUUUGGAACUUAAAUCUAGUCUGCAAACAGAACAUAAAUUUCAGAAAUUAGUGUGGUCGGGUGCAGGAGUGAUUGUUGGUGGAUGUGACGGAGGACUUUUGGAGUUUUAUAAUGCAGAGAAACUACUUAAGAACCCUUCAGAAGCCUUUGUUGGUAGCAGUACUAAACAUACAGGCCAAGUGUCAGCAUUGGAUAUAAACCCGUACCAGAAGAACCUGUUAGCUUCCGGAGCUUCUGAUAGUGAGAUCUUCAUCUGGGACCUCAACAACACCAGCCAGCCCAUGGCGCCCGGAGCGAGGAGCGCGCCCCACGACCAUGUACAGGGGCUGGCGUGGAACCAACAGGUCCAACACAUUCUAGGUUCGACUUUCGCAACAAGAUGUCUCGUUUGGGACUUGAGGAAGAAUGAACCGAUAAUGAAACUCAGUGACUCUCAGUCGGGUAGUCGGUGGCGCGCCCUGGCCUGGCACCCGCAGGUCGCCACUCAGCUGUGUGUCGCUUCUGAUCAUGAUCACGCGCCCGUCUUACAACUGUGGGAUCUCAGACUGGCGGCCUCCCCGCUGGUGACUCUCGAGGGUCACGAGAAGGGCGUGUUGUCUCUCAGCUGGAGCAGACACGACCACGAGCUGCUGCUGUCCGCCGGCAAGGACGGCUCCGUGCGGCUCUGGAACCCCGCGAACACACGCCCGGGCGGGGAGCUUGUGCUGGAGGUGUGUCGCCAGGCGGGCUGGGUGCUGGACGUGUCGUGGUCUCCUCGCACCCCGGGCCUGCUGGCCGCCGCCUCCUUCGACCAGACGCUCUCACUACACACCAUGCACCACGUGGCGCAACCAGCAGCCAUCAGCGCGCAGGGUCAGAGCGACAUAAUGGACUCGUUCGGUGGCGCGGAGUCGUUCCUGUCCCUCCCCGUAGUGAGUCCGACCGCCCCCCCGCCCGCCCCCGCACCGCAGGCCCCCCGCCCGCCCAGCUGGCUCAAGAGACCCGUCAGGGCCAGGUUCGCGUUCGGUGGUAAGUUAGUGUCGUUCGAGCGUUGUCCGCGCGAGGCGGGCUCACAGAAGACGGUUUACAUCAGUCAGGUGGUGAGCGAGCCGGAGAUAGUGGAGAAGGCGUUGGAGUUGGAUCGGGUCAUUGGCCUCACGCUCAGUCACGAGCAAGACGCCGCGGAGAGGCUGGCCGAAUACUGUCGUGAGAAGGGCGAGGCGGCCGUGGAUCAGAACGAGCGGUACGAGUGGUUCUUCCUGCGAGCGAACUUCCUGCCUUCAUACAGAACCGAGCUACUGAACCUGUUAGGAUUCAAACAGGACGAGAUAUCGUCGAAGUUCAAAGGACUAGCUGUUAACAACGAGAGCCGACCAGCGGAGGGCCAGGGACUCAGUAGGACGGGCAGCACAGAGACUGAGGCGGAGCUGUCCACCGACACCAGCACAGACCUGUCCUUAUGUACUAAUCGCUCCACGUCCAUACUAAGUGUGGUGUAUGUCCAGGACGCGCAGACCCUGAUAGAGAGGAAGCUGGCCAGUGUGGAGCUGGAGCCGAGCGUGAAGGAUGUGGUUAUACCCAACGGAGACGACCUGACGAGUGAGAUCUGUCGCUCGCUGGUGACGGGCCAGCUGGAGGAGGCCGUGGAGCUGUGUCUGGAGGACGAGCGGCUCGCGGACGCACUGGUCAUCGCCUCGCUCGGAAGCCAGGAGUUGUUAUACAAGGUCCAGCGGUACCACUUGUAUCGCACGUGUAAUUCACCCGUGUCGCUGGUGGUGGGCGGGCUGCUGGGCGGGCGGUGGGCGGCGCUUGUGUCGGGCGCCGCCCCUGCCUCCUGGAGGAACGUGCUGGCCGCCCUCCUCACACACUGCCAUGGGGAAAGCUUACAACACUACUGCGAGAUGUUGGGUGACAAGCUGUCCUCGUCUCCCGAGGCGAGUCUCCGCGAGGCGGCCGUGUUGUGUUACACGUGUUGUGCGUGCGGGGAGCCGCUCUGUAGGCGAGCCUUACGGGCUAGUCGGAGCCCCGCAGACCUGGCGGCCGCGGCGGAGCGAGCGCUGCUGCUGCGUCGGGCGGCCGCGGUCAACGGCUCGGCGGCCGGCGGGUCUGGAGGGUCCUCCGCCGUGGACGUGUUGCUGGAGGAGUACGCGGCGCGGCUCGCGGCUCAGGGCUGUCUGAGGAGCGCAUUGGCCGCGCUACAGGGAGCCAACACCACGCUUAAUGAACGACUGGAGGUGGCGCUCCGGAUGAAGAAUCAAUAUAACACUCGCCAGCAGCCCCCCGCCCCCCAGCCGGCCGGUGCUCGCUCGCGGACCGUGAGCGGACACACACACACACAGCCGCGUGGACAGUACACACACACGUACACACACAACGACACCAACGCCUACAACCAACACCCCGCCGAGCCCCCCGCGUGGUCCGCUCCCCCUCGGCCUCUCAGCGCCACUCCACAGCCUGCAGGUGGUAUAUCCGGGAGGUCCAAGUACAAGGUGGACCCGUCAGUGCAGGCGGCUCCUCUGUACAACCAGUACAGUUUCAACAGCCCCGCUCCCCCGCAGCCGUCGUACGGUUACAACAGUCCCCUGCCGGAGCAGUACGGCCCGGCCGCGCCCGUCAACAACUUCGCUCCUAUCAACAGACCUAACCCAGCUCCAUUGAACCCAGCUCCAUUAAACCCAGCCCCACUGAACCCAGCCCCUCUCAGCCAGCCCCCUCCUGAGCCAGUAUCCAUGUCUCAGUACGCUCCACCGCGGCCCGCCGCGCCCGGCUGGAACGACCCUCCAAUGGUGACCAACACUCAUAAGUUCGAUGUGGGCGACAUGUCGGCCUCCCACGCCGGCACCAGGCACUGGACACAGCUCCUACAGAGUAGACGGUCCGAUGAGCCAAAGCCAGAGGUCCAGCAGCAGGCUCCUAUAACACAUCCGUUGUUCGGAGUGGAGCCCCCGCAGCACGUGCCGCUGGUGCCGGCCCCGGGACAGACACACUACCAGACACAGAACCAGUUCCCACCCACACAGUACCCGGGACAGUUCCAGGGACAGUAUCCGGGACAACCGGCUCACUACCCGGGACAACAGGACACGCUCCCGGGACAACAAGCUCCUGACAUGUACCAGCAGUACCCGGGAGGAUAUCAACAGAAUUACGGGCAGCAGCCACCUGCCCCAGCCGCCGCGCCCCCGCCGCCCCCCGCCCCGGUGGUCAAGCCCCCCCUGCCGGCCGACCUCGCCCCCAUACAGACGGCCUUCGAUGAGCUCCACCGAGUGUGUCUGGAGCGAGCACACAACAUCCAAAUCAAGAGGAAGCUGGAGGACGUGCAGCGGCGGCUGGAGACGCUCUACGAUAUACUGCGCGAGAACAAGUUGUCCCCGUCAGCGGUGUCAGCGCUUCACACGAGCGCGUCCCUGGCUGGUCGCGGCGAGGCGUCCAGCGCGCUGCAGGCGUGCUCCGAGCUGGCGGCCGGCAGUGACUUCGCGGCCGCCGCCUCGUUCCUGCCCGGACUCAAGAUGCUGUUCCUGCUGGCCGACCAGCUGCGGUAG